CAUUGUGCGCGCACUAUAAGAGGUUACAAGGUUUCCUCUGCCACUCCACUCAUUCUUUCAUUCUCGAUACUCGCAGUCUUCCACAAUUGUCACGAUGCCUUUCGGAAUCGGCAGCAUCAAUGCUAUCCGUACACUUUUCUAUGUCCUAUUAUUCAUGUUCUCCGCCGUCAUGAUUGGCUUGACGGCUGCACGACUCGAAUACACGACCCAUCUCCCGCCAUAUGACCCGCUCAACCACGGUGUCAGCUUCUACGACCCAAUCGUGGCCGAGCUGCUCGCCUCGGCAUGCCUAACCCUUUUGUGGUCGCUCUUCGCACUGCACAUCCUCUGGCCAGGCCGAAUGUUCGAGUACGGCGUCUUCUCGAGCUUCCUCGGCGAGAUGGUCGGGCUCUUCAUUCUCUUCGUCCUCUGGCUCGUCGGCGCCGCCAUCUCCUCCACGUUCUGGGCCCAGCUCGGCUGGUGCCACGAGUAUCGGACAUGCCGCAUCCUCACGGCGCUCGUGGCCUUCGCAUGGAUCGGCUGGGCUACGAUCCUCUUCCUGCUGUUCAUCACCAUUCUCUUCGCCGUCCUUAACCGUGCGCUCUUCUGGCAGAUGCAUGGGCGCUACGACCCGCGCGCGAGCACCUUCAACAAGGGCCGUGCUUGAGCGUCGAGGCCAUAGACAUGUGCGAUUGGAACUGGAGGUAUGGUGUUCUGUGUUCCAUCACGAGCGCACACGAGUUAGACACGAUUGCAAGG